AUGAGUGGACAUCUUCAUCUUCUCAACCUCACAGGAGCAGGAGGAGUGACUCUCUUCAUAAUGAACUGUGCCGUGAUCCUCAUAUUAACAUCAAGCUGCUUCACCUGCUCUUCAGCUGUUUACACCCCCGACAAAGCAGCACCCAAGAAGCUGAAGUACCUCCUCGAGCCGCCCGUGUACGCUGAGGUGGUCGGCCGACGGGGAGAAAACGUCACCUUGCCGUGCAUCCUGAGAACCAAACCGAACCAUUACAAAGUGAAAUGGACGAAGCUGGAGCCGGAGCUCGUCGGGCCGGAGAACAUUAUCAUGAUAUCAAACGCGCAUGCCUUCAAGCCGUACGGCCAUCUCGGGCCGCGGGCGUCUCUCCGGAAGGCUCACGCCAUGGACGCCUCCCUGCAGCUCGGCCUGCUCGAGCUGGAAGACGGCGGCAGGUAUCGCUGCGAGCUCGUCAAUGGCAUCGAGGACGAGAGCGUUGUCAUCACUUUGAGGAUCGAAGGUGUGGUGUUCCCAUAUCAGAGUAAAAAUGGCCGCUACAGAUUCACUUUCCAUGAGGCUGAGAAGGCUUGUGCGGAGCAAGAUGGCACACUGGCCUCAUACGAGCAGCUGUACAGAGCCUGGACGGAGGGGCUGGACUGGUGUAAUGCAGGCUGGCUCCACGACGGGACCGUUCAUUACCCCAUUAUUCUUCCUCGGCCUGCCUGUGGAGGAGAGCUGCUCCCCGGCAUCCGCAGUUAUGGACCAAAGGAUAAGAGUCACGAGCGGUUUGACGCUUUCUGCUUCACCUCGCAGACGUCUGGCUCGGUCUCCUACAUAUCGGGCUCCUUCUCCUUCGAGCAGGCGGAGCAGGCGUGUCGACGUCAGGGCUCCGAGCUGGCGUUGGUCGGCCAGCUUUACUCCGCCUGGCGCUUCCAAAAGUACGACCAGUGCGACGGCGGAUGGCUGAAAGACGGCAGCGUGCGCUUUCCCAUCAGCAGCCCCAGGGAGCGCUGCGGAGGCAUCCCCGAGGCGGGGGUGCGCUCAUUUGGAUUCCCCAACAAGACGAUGCAUCUUUACGGCGCCUACUGCUAUAGGUAGCCAGAAAUACAGAACACAUUUACAUCACCGUCUCAACAGAGCUGUGAGCGCGAGCGAGGAAGCCCGAGAGGCCCAAAAUUCACAGCACAUAUGACGUGAUCCA